AUGAUCUCUUUUAAAUUAUAAUUGAUACUUUUACUACUUUUCCUUUAGACUAAAGGAAUUGAUUUAUGUAGAGAGUAUGAACAGUUUGAAAUUUGCAUUUAGAGUGAUAAUGAUAAGUGCAAAUGGGAUGAAACUAGAAAACUUUGUGAAAACACUUUUGAUUUUUAAUAAGGAUGUAGUAUAACUUUGAAUAAGAAGGCUUGCGUAAGACAAAUCGGGAAUGUCUUAGGUUAACCAGCUAAAUGUACUACAAUAAAUCUAAAUAAGGUCGCUUUUUAUAUGUUUGUGAAGAAAUUCCCGAUUUAGAAAUAGAGAAAUGUGAAAACCAUCUCUCAAAAUCUGGAUGUAUAUCAAUUAUGAAUCCAGAACAAGUUUGUUUUUGGAAAGACAAUAGUUGUCAUGUAUUGUAUUAAAAUCAAUGGAAUUAAGUUCAAUAAGACUUUGAUUAAGUUGAAUAUAGUGUUUCAGCUUGUUCAUUAAUAGAGAACUAUUUAAUUAUUCAUAGUAAUCUUUUAUGGAAUAUGAUAUCCUAUUUUCCAGAUUUAUUCACAGAAGCAAACAAUUCAUUCAAAAAGGAGAUGGGUUUAGAUGUAUCAAAUGAUAUUAUAUUUGAUGAUCCAAAUACAGUUUCAUUGAAAAAUAACUAUCAAUUAUCUAAUGGAUCAUUUUCUUGGUAUACAAUAAGAGAAUCAAAGGAAAUCACUUUAACAAAUUGUAAAAUUUGAGUUCUAAUAAAUAUAGUAUAGAAGUCUUACCGUUAUAGAUAUGGAUGUAUAGCUAUAGAGAUUGAAAAUGAUAGUGAUUAUUCUAAACUUAUUGCAUUAACAGAUGAGGUAAGAGGUAUUAAUCAUUUAUAUUGUAAAUAUUUGAAUAGAAAUCCAAAUAUAGCAGAAAAUUAUGUUUAUUCUGAUGGGAUAUGUAAGAAAUUUAGUUAUUCUGAUUUAAAUAAUGUUUAAAAAACAGUUGAAUACAAAUUAAAUUGUAAAUCACUUGACUUUUAGUAAUGUAUUUAUUUUGAUUCAAUUAUCCAUACAUGUAGAUUAAAGGGAGUUGAAUAUGAAUAUUCUUGUGUGAAUUAAGAAGAUGAUUAUGUGCCUGUUUGUGAAAAUGCUUAUUGCACAGUUAAAUAAUGUUCAUAAUAAAUAUUUCAUUACUUGGAUACGGAAACACUCUUAUGUAAUAAUAAGUGUUCCUUAUUCAUGUUAAAUACUUAAAGUUCUUGUGAAGCAAUAAAAGGAUGUAAGUUUUUAGGGACAAGUGCGAUAUAAAUGUAGAAAACUUGUUCUCCUCAAAAUGGAUGUGAUCAAUUAGGUAUUGAGAAGAUGUAUUGUAAGUUGUUAAAAGAUUAAUGUGGAUGGAAUGAAUAGUAAUAAAGAUGUUAUAGAAUAAAGGACGAAGAAUUUAAAUUGAUGAAAUGUAAUUAAGCUUUUAACGCUUAAUCUUGUACUCUUAUUACUUUAAGUGAUUAGAUUUGUUAUUGGAAUACCAAUUCACUUGAAUGUUUAAAUGUUUUAGAAUAACCAAUUCUUAUAUAUUAAAAAUCAGUUAUAGACAAAGAUGAUACUGACUAUUGGAAUAUAUUAUUUUAAAAAAUUAGCAAUGAAAACUUAUGUAAAUAUUAAUAAACAAUUCCUACUGAAUAUUUUCCAAAUAAAGGUUUAUGUUAUUUUUUUCAUUAUACCCCUGAAACAAGUGAUUAAAACCAUAUAAAUCUUUAUUCAUGUCUUAAACUUUAACCAGGAAUUAAUAAGUGGGAUUCUUUAACUUAAAAAUGUAUAAGUCUUUAAGAAAUAGAUUUAAAAGAAUUUGAUUGUAAUACUUAAGUACUUGUUAAUGAGAAAAUAUGUCAGAAAUCUAAAGUUUCAAGUUCUGAUUAUCUUUGUAUUUUUGAUUCAUACACUAAUUCUUGUUAUGAAUAAAAAUUGACAUCCAUUUAAUCAUUUCGAUGUGAUGGAUAUGGUUUUACAAAAGAAGUUUGUGUAAAUUUAAAAGGAUAUGGAGUUUAUUGUAAAUUUUCUGCUGGAAUAUGCUAAACAAUAUCUGUUGAUGAGAUUAAUUCUAUUCGUUGUUCAUCUCUAUAAAAUGUGAAUUAACGAGUGUGUAAUUUACAUAACUUAUAAUAAACAGUUUGCUUAUAUGAUUAAUCUAUUAAUUCAUGUUACACUCCUAGUAUUUAUGCUAAAAUAACAUAUUAAACUGAAAUAAAUCGAUAUGGUUGUCAAUUAGUAUAAGAUUCAUUAACUUAUUUUGAUUUAAAUUUAAAUGAAUGUAUAUAAUUUAGUGAAGAUGAUAAUAUUUUGUUAUCAAAUUUAGAAUGCUAAUAAAAUUAUGUAAAUUAAAAGACUUGUUUAUCUAUAAUUAAAAGUGGUUAAAUUUGUUAUUGGGAUUAUAAUGAGAAUAAAUGUAAAAAUUAUUCAAGGAAUUUCUCUAAUUGUUAAGAUGAAGAAAAUUUUACAAGUAAAUUUUGCUAAGUUCUUGAAUCUGAUGUAUCUAAAUAAUUAAUAAAUGAUAAUUAUUGUAGUUUUGUUGAUAAUAAAUGUUAAGCUAAAUCUACUUAUAUAAGUGAUUGUGGAAUUACUGAAAAUAUGAAUAUACAUAGAUGUAGUGGGUUAACUGGAUUAAAUGAAUCUGGAGAAUAUAUUUAAAUGUGUGCAUUCAUUAAUUAUCUAUGUACUCCAUUAAUUGAUGAUUCUAUGGAUGCUUUUUUAAUUUUAAAUUAGAUAUAAUGUUUAUAGGCUAACUUAAAAGCUUGUACAAAAGUAUAAACUAAUGGAUAAUAUUGUAAAAUUAUAGAUUAUGUUUCAAACAAUCAUUUCAUUAUCGAUAAGAAAUGUAUAUAGAUUAAUGAUAAAAAUUAACCAUGUGAUACUAUUAAUACUAAUUUUCUAAAAAAUUAAAUAAAUCCAAAUCAUUGUUCAAGAGCAAAUGAUAGUUGUUUAUAUGAUUAAUCAAUAGGAUGUUAAAUGCCUAUCAAUGAUGACUUAGAAUGUAAUACUUUAGGAUUAUCAUAUUUUGGAUGUAUUCUAAAUACUUAAAAUCAUAGAUGUGCAUUUUACAAUUUUAAAUGCCAAUAUUUACCAUAACAUAAAACCAUUUCAGAUUGUAAGUAUCUAAAUUAAUUUGCGUGUUCUAAUUAUUAAUAUUUAAAAUGUUAUUGGAAUGGUUAAAUGUGUGAUGUAACUUUUGAUUAUUUUAUGGAAUAUGGUGGUGAUUUUACAUGUAUAUUGGAUGAAUAUAAUUAUUUUUUAGUAUCAGAUGGUUCUACUUGUAUUUACGAAGAAGAUCAAUUAAAUUAUGAAUUAUAUAAUUGUGAUAGUAAAUUAAAUUAAUUUGCUUGUGGAUCAAUACCAGAUUAAUAUUGUUAAUUUAUUUAGAAUUAAUGUUAAUUUUAUAAAUCUACAUUAUGUGAAGAUUCAAUUCAAACAUGUAAUUUUAAUAAUUCUAUUAAUUUGAAAUGUGUAUUAAAAGAUGGAAAAUGUUUUCAUUUUCCAUAUACUAAUUUUACUUGUGAUUUCUUUGAAAAAACAAACUUUGAAUUUUGUUAUUAAUAUCCAAAUUGUGUUUAUGCAGAUUAGAAAUGUUAAUAAAUUGAUUAAACUUAAGAUUAUUGGUAUUGUUAUUAUUUAUCUUAACUUGAUUGUAUUAUCAAAAAUAAAUAAUAUUCAUGUUCUUGGGAAUAUAAUGAAUGUAUAGAUUUUGAAGGUACAACUUGUCCAUCACUGAAUGGAUAUCAUUCAUUUAAUGCAUGUGCAUAAUUUCCAAAUUGCAUAUAUGGAUAUACUAAAAGUGGUUUUGGAUUUUGUUAUUCUGAUACAGAUUUUGACACUUUAACAUGUGAAUAAUUAAAUCAAAAUUUAUGUCUUUAAGAUUUAACUCAUCUAAAUUCUUCCCUUUUGUGUUAUUGGGAUUAAUCAUGUAAAAAUAUCAAUACUACAUAAAUUACCUAAUGUGAAGAUCUAUAAAAUAUGUAAUCAAGUUACGCAGCUUGUGCAUAAUUAAAUUAAGAACAAUGCAUGUAUUCAUUUAUAGAUAAUAAAUGCAAACUUAUUUCUGAAUAUUUAUCAGUAACAUCUUGCAAAGGUACUACAUCAAAAUAAUGUUCAUAAAUUAAAAAUACUUGUUACUUUAAUGGAUCUAAAUGUUUAACUACAGGAGUAUCUGAAUAAUUAAAUAAAUUUGGAUGUAUUAAUUAAUCAGGAACUUGGAAAUUCUCAUAUUUUACCUGUUCUAAAUUGACAAAUGAAAUGCAAUCAAGUUGUACCAAUUUAUCAAAACAGGCUUGUUUAAGUGAUCUUACAAAGGAAAUUAGUUGUUAAUGGAAAGAUCAUAAUUGUUUCAAUUUACUUGAAAAUGAAAAUAAAAAACUAAUUUCAUGUCAAGAUUUAAAUCAAAGAGCUUGUCAAAAUGUUAGUCUAUCAAAUAUCUAAUGUAUUUGGAAUACUACAAAUAAAAGUUGUGAUUAGAUUACUCUAACAAAUACUGAAUGUAGUAAUCUUAACAAUUUAGAUCCCUUAAUUUCUAUUAGUGUCUGCUCAAGUUAAACAACUAAAAGUUGUGUUAGACAUUAUGACAAAACUAAAUGUACAGAAAUAAAUGAGAAAUUGAACAAUUGUAAUCUCUAUGGAUUAAACUUAUAAGCAUGUAUGUAAUAAACAACAAUACCUUGUACUUGGGUGUAACUAAAUGAUGGAGGAUAUUGUGAUGAUGCUAAUCUAUAUAUAGCGUUAUGUUAGGAUUUAUUAAAUUAAUCAGCUUGUAUAAACAUUAAAACAUCAGGUUAAAUUUGUAAAUGGGAUGUAUCAAAUUAAAAAUGCAUUGAUUAAAUUUUUACAACUUGUGAAUCUGCUGACAAUGAACAUACAUUUAUGGCUUGUAAAAGUGUAACUGAAGAAGCAUGUUAGUAUAAUCAUUUAUAAAUGUCAUGUAAUCAAGUCUAAUAUAUUCCAACUACUUGUUCUAGUGAUUAUAAUUAUUAGGCUUGUAUGUUAUCUACAGAUAUCUGUGUAUGGGAUUCAAAUAGAUGCAUCUACAAUUCAAAUUAAAACUGCCUUAAAUUCAAUACAAAAAUAAAAUGUCUUGAAAGUGAUUCAUAAAAUUGUCAAUGGUUAGAAAAUUAAUGUAUAGAUUUUGAUCCCUUUUUUGUUAAAGUUUAUUGUUAUGAAUUACCAAAGAAUAUUAAUAAUUAUGCUUGUAAAAGUAAUUCAAUAGAACCCUGUAUUUAUGAUUCUAAAUUGAUGUAAUGUUUUGCAAGUCAAGAUAAAAUGAGAUCAGUAUUUGAUUGGUCAUCAAUUGAAGAUAUUGUCAGACUCUAAAAACCUGGUCAUUAAUCAUCUAUAUUACAUGGUACAUGUGAAUAAUUGUAAAAUAUAUAUUAUUGUAUAAAAUCAAGAAUUCAAAAUAAAUCAUGCAUUUGGAAUUAUUCAUGUUAAGAAGUAACAGAUUUUAAAAUUAUAACUUGUUCAGAUUCUCUUAACAUAUGGGGAUGUUUAAAUGUAUAAAAUAAUAAUUAAUAUUGUAUCUGGAAAGAUUAAAAAUGUUUAUAAUGGGAUUCCACUCUAGGUAUUAUGGAAAAUGUUAAUAGAAAUGUUUGUAUUAAAAAUAGUGUAAAUAGUGUUUAUGAAUAGAAUUCUUGUAUUUAGAAACCAAUUGAAUCUAUAUUAUGCACAUCAGAUGGAAUUAGUAAAAUAACAUGUUUAUCUAUACCAAAUCAAUAAUGUUAAUGGAUUAAUUCUUGUAUCAAUUUUGUUUUAACAAAUUAAAAAAAGUGUUAAGAUUAUCAAAAUGUAAAUUAUUUUGUUUGUUAAAUGAUAACUGAUUUAACUUGUAGUUAUGAUUUUUAAAAACAUAUUUGUGUUGAUGCAUCAAAUGAAAUUUUUGGAUUAGGAAUCUCUAAAUUUGGUUGUAUUUCUAAUAAGAAUAUUCCAACAUUUUGGAAUAAUAAUCAUGGUUGUUAAGAAUUGGUUGAUUAUAUUGAUUGUGAUACUACAUUGAUUGUUAAUGAAUUUGCUUGUCGUAAAUACGUAAAAAAUAAAGCUUGUUUUUAUGAUUCAAUUGCUAAUCAAUGUAAGAGUCACUUCAAUAGAUGGUAAUUGUAAUGUAAGACUGAAGGAUUAAAUUUAUUGGGUUGUGUGUAAGUCUAACAAGAACCAUGUAUUUUUAUAGAUAAUAAAUGUUAGGUAUUUAAAGAAUCAUCAUCAAUAUGUAUGUUUAUUAAUCUUGUCAAUUCUAAAGCCUGUGCAUCAGUCAUUAAUUAACAAUGCUCUUAUGAUCCAAUCAAUUUCAAAUGCUAAACUCCAUUAAUAAAUGAAAAUUAUUGUAAUAUUUCAGGAAUCAAUAAGGAUACUUGUGAAAUUAAUGCUCUUUGUAUGUGGAAUCAAGAUGAUUUAGAUUGUAAGUGCAAAUCAGAUUAGAAAAUUGAUAUAUGCUAAAUCUCUAAUAUUUCUUAAUGCAGAUCUAAUAGUAAAUGUUAUUUCGACCUUGAUAUUUAUAAGUGUAUUAAGAGAUAAUGUUAUCAUUUAAAGGAAUCUGAAUGUUCAGCAAUUAUGGAUAAUAAGACUUGUUAUUUAAAUUAAAAGAAUGUUUGUUAACCAGCUACUAAAUGUGAAGACAUCAUUGAUCCAUAACAAUCUUGUUCAACCAUCUAUAUUAAUUCCUAGCCAUGUAUUUAGGCGGGUAAUUCCUGUAUUACAUCUAAUAAUUAUAGCAUUUAUUGUCCAUAUUCAGAUUGUUCCAAUUCUAAUUGUAUAAUUUAAUAUGGAGCAUGUAAAAUGAAGACAUGUAAUGAUUAUACUCCAAAAGAAUGUUAAUUAGUUUAAGGUUGUUAUUUAGAUUAAGAAAACAAUUGUUAAUAAUUACUUAGAUGUAGCCAAAUUACUUAAGAAAUUUAUGGUGAAUAAGUGAAUAAUAUUUGUAACACCUCUUCAGUUGGAGGUCUUAUAUGUAGUUGGUAAAGAUAUACUUUAUUAGAUGAUACUGAGAUAUGCACCAAUCAAUAUUGCGAGUAAUUUAUUAUAUUUUAUUGUAGAAUCUAUGGAUCAUCAACUACACUAUGUUAAGGAAAUGAAUUUAAUGGUUUUUCAUGUGUGCUAUUAAAUCAAUUAGUGUGUAAAUAAUGUGAAUAUAUUACGGAACCCUGCUUUUGCAAUUAAUAAAAAAAUAUUUGUAUCUAUGAGAAUGGCAAAUGUAAUUCUAUUUUGUGUUCCAAUUUCUUAACUAAAGAAACAUGUUCCUAAGCUUCAGAUCGUUGUUAUUGGAGUACUUAAUCUGAAAACAAUACAGAAAUUAAUCUUUGCUUAAAGUAAUGUGAAAAAAUCAUAGAUGCUAUUGAAUGUAACAGUAGAUUAAAUGAAUGUUAUUUUGAAAUUUCUAAUGGAUUAUGUGUCAAAGGGCAAAAAUAAAUACUAGAUUUGAGUUCUGAAAUUCUAAUCGAAGAAUUUUAUGCCUUUAUCAUAUAAGGAUACAUAUUUUUAAGUUUGAUUAUUUUUAUGUGA